GCGCACGUAAAUCUGAGAAGACUCCGUAAGAAUCAAUGUAAAUAGCAGAAGGAAGGAAGGAGAGUAGGCAGGUCGGAAUCCCACACCAGGGACCCUGACUCCACUCAUCACAAACUUAAGGACAGCAACCUGUUGCCUUCUGCAGUUGCUCACUCCAUUUGAACUGGUUGUCCAUGUUCCCUGGUGAAUCAGAAACCAAUUGACAGGAAAUACCCAGUGUAACAUUAGCAGUCUGAAAUCUUUAGCUUCGAUGCAAAAGCCUGUUUUCUCAUCACUUGCAUCACUCAUUUUGGUUUUUGGCUGAAGAAAAAGAAAUCAAGAAAAGAUGGACUGGAAUGUAAGACCACUCCAGAAUCCUGAUGCAAAGAAGAAUCUGCAAAGUGAAGGAGCAUGUUACACUCAGUUGUUUUCUAAUGCACAUGCUUUUCCUCAGACAAAUACUUAUUCCUCUAAAAAUGUAUGCACUUAUGCUGGAAAUAACCAAAUGGUGUAUCUGCCAACUAGCAAUGUUGCCUUCCCUCCUGUAAAUGCUGAAGGAUUCAAAACUUCAGAUCAGGUCUUACCAGGAGCAUCUGUAGCUGGUAAUGAUUUUUUUAUCUCUAAAUACUCAGCUGAUCAACGUCCACUGUCCUGCAUACCUCCAAAACCUCCCAAUCAGACAUCACGUUUGCGGGCAGAGUUGACUCAGACUUCUUGGCCAAACUCUAAUGCCUACAUUUAUUCCUUUAGAAAGGUACCUUCCCUGUCUUCUCAAAUGAAUGCUGGAAAUAACGUGAGGAAUGUGCUUCAGGAACCUCAGUAUGUCACCACAAACAGUUACACUGUGUGGCCACAAAUACCGCAGGGUAAUUCUAUGAGAACUACAAUGUUAUAUCAAAGUAACAUUCAUUCCCAGAAUAAUUCUAUGUCUUUUGGUACAUCUGGGCAACAUGUCCAAAACCAAAUGUAUCAUCCCAACACUCAGUUUAAAGUGUUACACUCACUGAGUCAAAAUUCUGCAGCAAAUGUACAGCUGCUACAGUAUCGACCAAGUCAGAUGGGAUCAGAAGCUCCUACCAGAUGUUCUGCACCAUCUUUGUUGCCUGCCAACUGUGAUUCAAUAGCUGCAGUGCAAUCUUCAAUAGGUGUACCACAGGCAGUUCAAAAUGCACCUAAUGGAUACGCCCUUAGCCAACAGAGGUGCCCAUCAGAUGCAAAAAAUGCUUCUGGUUUUAGCAGUGUUCAGCAACACUGUCAGAAACAGCAAUCUGGAGAAGUCAGUCAAUCAGUUAGGAAUGUCUGUAAUGCAAGUGGAAAUGUGACAGCAAAUCAGCCUUUUAAUGAAAUGUCUGUGCCAUCCCCUGGCAUUUCCAAAGAACUGUAUGAUGUGCAAGAAAUGGAAACUCUUUCUUCGGUGGCUGCUUCAAAGCCACUGAGUGAUCCUGCUUCAGUUCAAGAAAGCCAGACUAGUAGUUUAAUGAAUGGGCCUGUUAAUUCUCAAAUUUCUUCAGCAGCAGCAGAUGGAAGAACAAUUACAAAGGACAGACUAGCUUGGGAAGCUCAAAGGCUGCUCGCUAUUAAAAAAAAAUGUGUCCUCCUUGAAAGGAUGCAUCAUUAUAGAAGAAAACUCUUAGCAGCUUCAGAACAUGAGAAAAGUACUCCCCCACUUCCUCCAAGUUAUCAAAGUACUCUUGCUAAUUGUCUUCCAUGGGUGCCCAACCAAAAUGUACCACCUUCCCCAUCUGAAACAGCGAGGACAGCGAGUCCGAUACUUAACUCUUCACCUGAAGAAAGAAAUGACAAAAACGUAGCCAGUGCUGAUAACAGAGGAUUAGAGGUGACUCAAAGUAACCCUCAGGUGGAGCAGGGAAGCCUUUCAUCAAGCUCUGCUCCUAUUGCUUCUCAGAGCAAACUCCCAGCUCAACUAAAUAAUCCUGAGAACACUCCCAUCUCGGAACAAAGGGAUGCAUAUGCCUUGGCCCCUUCCCAAAAAACUGUGACGUCCUUGAACAACGCUUCAUGUUUUAGUCAAGUGGAUAGCUCUAUCAAAAUGGCAUCAAAGAAUGUGCCAAUUCACCCUGAGAACUCAUCGUUUCUUCAGUUUGUAUUGAGUAGCACAAACAUAUUGAAAGAGAAGACAGCUGGUGCUACUGCUGAUAAAAUACUGACUAGUCUCCUGUGUAGUGAAAAACCACUGGUAGAUACAUCUGUCUCAGGUGGAACCUUACUAAAAGACACUAGUGAGAAGAAAGUAGAAAGUUUGAAAGGUGAGCAGUCAUUUAAGGUUCACACAAACUCUCCUGUAUCAGAAACAACUGAAUCUGGUGAAGCUAAAUUCCAGAGUGAUGUAGCUCAGAAAAAAACGCCAUUUACUGAAAAUACAUCUUUUAAACAGAGCAAUUAUAGUUACUCUGUGGAAGAGCUAACUGCAUGCCUGGGCUUGUGGAGAAAACAUCCGUCGGAAUCUGUAAGUGUGCAAAAUAGCCAGUCGAAUGAAAGCCCCACAGCAAAUCAGAUUUCACCUUGCAGCCAAAACACAAAAACUAGAGAACAAAAUAAUGUUCUGGUUAGUACAGAUGAAGCAGUUUUGCCUAUAACAACUGCUUCUGUAGGACAAAAACUUGAUACGUUGAGUUGCAAUUUGAUAAAAAAUUUUGAACUCCAAGUUGCAGUUGUCUCUCCUUUAGUACUUUCUGAACAGAGAACACAGAGUGAGCAGGCAGACAAAUGUCCAACAUCUGCAGGUAAAACCUAUCCAGCGAUUGAAUCGGGAAGCACAUGUAGCCCGCAAGAAGAGGGGAAAAAUGGUUUGAGUGUGGUAAAUACCGAUAAAGGAACAACAGAAACUGUUCGGUCGUCAUGCAGUGAUUGUGUUCUGGUACAGAAAGUGGACUCACAUUUGCAACAGACCAAAUUAGCUGAUGGAAACAGAAUAGUAAAAAACAGUGUGAGUGCAAAUGAUUCAUAUGAUGAAAACCAAAGGAAGCUUAGUCAAUCUGCACAAGAUGCCAGAGAAAAUCUGCAGCUUGGAUUACAAAACAAGCCUUCUCUUCCUGAAUUGGGCAUAAAUUUUUCUAGUCAAACCUUUCAAGAAGGUAUAAAAGACCAUAAAGACAAGCCAGCUGUGUUAGAGACAGGAGAUACAUCCACAGCUGUGCUGGAAGAACAGAUGUUUUGUAUUUCAAGUGUAUGUUCUCUUGUUGAAGGUGAUACAUUUUAUAAUCCACAAAUAGCAAGUAUCUUCAGGUCAGUCCCUGAGACAUGUUCAUUAAAUGAUACCUCGUCAGAAGGAAAUGCAUCUGACCCAAGGCAAAAGGAGCAACAGCUGGACUUGGAUAAAAAUGAGCUGAGCAAUAACACUCCCCAAAGAGAGAGCUUGCUGCAAAAGAUGUUGGAAGAAUCAUCAAGCUGCAUGAGUAAAGCAGGUAAGAUUUUGGAUGGUAUCACAGCUAGUCAUUUGGAGAAAGAAAGCAGUGGCAAUCCUCUUAAAACAAUUUCUACCUCAGAACAAAAAACGUCAUUCAACGCAUCUUUCAAGCAUCCUGAAAAUGACUUGGAAAUUCUUGCUAGUAUAAACCAGGAGUUAGCUCAAAAUUCACUAGAUCUCUCGAUCAGUGUAACUGCUGAAACAAAUGCAUUCACUGUUCCAAGAGACAACAGUAAACAAAAUUACAUGUCCAGUAAAAAUAGCACAGAAAAAGAGAUGAACCUUUUUGGAGCAGAACCUAUUAAAUGUCUAAACAAUCAGCUGUCUGAACUAGUGAAAGAGUUUCCGUAUGGCAUUGAAGGUGCUGAUAUGCUAACAAGAGAACCAGUACAAAAUGAUUCUGUGGCUGAGCGGAUGGAGAAUCAACCUCAAAGAGAGACUCAAAUUUGUGACAAGAAUUCUCAUUUGAAGGACCCAGUAGAUCAGAUAAAAAUUGCAGUGUUAAGCUCUGAUCAGGUGCAAGAACUGUUUCCUGAACACAACCAGUGUUCCUCUAGUGACAGGAAGAGAGUAGCGAGUCAACAGUCAGAAAAGGCUUCAGCUGAGAAGGAGAACCUUGAAGGCAGUAUUCAGCCUGGUUGGAGUCUAUGCGAGAAGAAAAAAAAACCACAAAAACCUUCCAACCCCAGGAAAAAAAAAAAAAAAGAUUUUUCUUUAAUGGGUUGGCUCUCUGUAGCAUGUAAAAUGCCACAGUGCCCCUGUAAACUUGGAACGUCUGGUUCAGCAAAAAAUGAUCAACUUUCAAAAGCUGAAAAUACUAGCUCUGCAGAGACACAAGGAAACAACAGUAAAUCUGAUGCCAUAAUGACGAACAACUGUGCAGUGAGAAACCUGCCAAUUUCUGAAAAAAUCCCGAAAAGUGUUAGCAGAAAUAAAAAAGAUAUUUGCAAAUACACCUCUGUAAUGAACAAAAAAGCUAGGCUAAAGGUGAGUAAUGAAUACAAGCCACUUACAUCACAACAGGAAAAUAUUGGACCACUUAAUUCCUCUGAAAACCAGGAUGUUGAUAAAUCUAAAAGGAGCAGCUGUAAGGAGGAGCUGCAAAUCGACAGAGGAACCCCGUUGUUAGGCAAAGAAUUUCAUUCUGACGAAAAAGAACAUCAGACAGUCUCAGAAGAGUUGUCAGAGGAAGCUGGUCAUAUAGAUGCAGACAACAUGACGAAGUCAUCCAAAAAGAAAGAGGGAGUUUUCAAAAUGGAGUCCCUUUCAAAAGAUAAAACCAAAACAGGUUUGGCCAUGAAAUCCAAAACAGACAUUCACAAAUUUACAAAGUCAAAAACUGUUGAAAUUAAGCACGCUGAAGUCAAUCAAGGACAAAAAAUUAAAACCUGUGAAGAGAACUCAGCUGAAGAACAGAACUGUAGGAAACAAGUGGAGAUACUUGGGCACGAUGUAGGAAUUAACAUCAAAGAGAAAGCCAAAUUAUCAGCAGAAAUAAAACAUAAAAAGAUGAAUAGUUAUCAUGCUGAUGCUAUGAAGUUCCUAAAUUUUGGCACUGUAGACUUAAAGUCAAGAAACCGCAAAUACUCUCAGCAUAAAUCUAUGAAAGUUCAUCCUUCACAGGAGCAGUCGUACAAACGGAAGAGGAAGGAAAGUAUGAUUGGAAAGAGAGACCCUAAGAAAACAAAGGUGGAAGAGGAAAGACUGAAACAAUCUGAAGCAAAGAAUUCCAAGCAGUUUUCACAUAAAUGCAUGAUAAAUACUGACAAAGCUAAAAAAUUGAAUGGAGAAAAUGGCUGGAAACCGAAGAGUUCAUUAGCAGAUCGCUCUGUGCUUAAACUACAGAGAAAAAGGUCUCGAUCUUCUACCAUCUCUAAAAACUACUUUGGUAACAAAGAGAGACGUCUCGAUGGUCAAAACAAAGACAAGUGCUCUGAGAAAAUGUUUCCAGAUAAAAACCUGCUAUACUUAAAUAGAAGAAAUAACAGAUUAAAAUUGCAUCUUCAAAAGGAACCAAAAAAACACUACCUGAAUAGAGUUGCAUUUAAACGUAUGGCACAGGAACGCAUAUAUCUGACAAAAUUAGAGACAUCGCCUGUCAGACCCGUCUGUCAUAUAAAGCCCAAAGUGUCACAAAACAGCCCAGAUGCAAAAAGAGAUGCUUCUGUCUCACAAGUCGAGAAAUCAUGCAAACUGGAAGUACUUGAAUUUAAGCUGUGUCCAGAGAUACUGUUCAGAAUUCCAACCACUGAUGAAGAAAGCUUAGCUGCAAAGAAUCCCCUGGAAAGAGAGAAAGCCAUUGUGGCAGGUGUCAAGAGUAAAAAAGAAGAUUGGUUAAAAUGUGAUCCAGUGAAGCAAAAAAAGCUGGAAGAGAUCUCUACAGCUGACAACAGUAUUCCACUUGAUACAGCUAUACAGAUUCUGGAUGGAGAUGGCGAGGCUCUUCACAUUCCAAUCAAAGACUCAAAAGAGAUGUUUCAGACCUACAGGAAAAUGUAUCUGGAAAAAAAGAUGCAAAAGCCUUGAUAGCACUCCUGUAUCGUAGGUCUUACUCAGUAUCACUGGGAAAAAAUGGCAACACUAAAAUGCUUUUUCCUGUUUACUUCAUAUUUCUGAAUAAUUGUAAAAAAAAAAUAAAUUUGGGGUGUGUUGGCAAUUUUUCCCCCUAUUUGCCUCUUAUUUGUGAAUGAUUGAGACCUUACCCUGUAUUUAUUGCACAAAUACGCUUUGGUGCUGAAAAUGCCAUUGUCAAAUGUAUUGUUUCUUUUUGGCAUAUUUGAAUCUUUUUUUUAAAGAUCCAGGAGUUAGUUGAAUCUUGACCAAAAAAACUCAAACUCAUUUAAAUAGUCAUAGUCUGUUUUCUUUUCUGAUCCUGGAAAACUUCUACUUGUGGUACUUUCCAUUGCUGGCAGUAGCAAAAUAUUCCUACUGGAAAGGGAUUGCAGUGGAGUCACAAGCAUUACACCUUUAUUUUCUACUUAUGCUAGUCUGAUUGUUGUGCUUCUAACAAGGCUUUCUAUUUUUGUAGAAACUUUUUUUUUUUUGAACUGGGAAUACAAAUAUAAAACCCUUGAAUCAAACAUACAGAUCAGGGGAUGCCAUGAAGUAUUUAUGCUGCUACCCAGUUUUCUUACAUUUCUUUUUGUGGAACUUGUACAAACUGAACUCUGAGUUCUUCAUCUGACCACAAUGCUGUAAACUGAUAGUUGGCUGAAGACUUCUCUUCUUUUGGUUUUCUCUCUCUCUCUCUGCUUUCUUUACACUUGAAAGAAAAGUGCGACUGUUGAAGUGCAGGGAGUUUGAAUUCACUCUUGUCUGGACUAUGAUGCUCACUUUAACCAGACAGUAAUUAAUUUCUUUGUUUAUAAAGAGUUAAAUAAUGUUUGAUUACACGUUCACUGUGACAUAAGAAUUAUAUUUGUUGCUGGGUAUCUUUUGUUUAAGUGCCUUUUCAUUAUUGUUCAGAAUUUUGAAUUGAAUCAUAUUUUUUCAGAAAUUGGUUACUUGAUUCUUUCUGUUUAAACCUUUAUAUUGAAAGUAAAAGCUCUGUAGAUAUUUCACUGAACAAUUUUUAUACUUGAAAUAAACUUUU